CUGUAUAAUAAAGCUCCCUUUUCCCGCCUCCCUUUUCAACUCUCUCAAUUAUGUAUGCCACAACCACCGCUCUGCCGCCGGAAACCUGCGCUCAAGGCCACCGUUCCUCACUCAUCCUCCCAACAGCCGAGGGCGGCUCCAUCUGCCUCCUCUGCCUCUCCAAUCUUCUCUCCAAUCCCAAAUCGCCCACGCUUCACCUCUCCUACGCCCUUUCUCAGCUUUCUCAAGCUCUCUCUCAGCCUCACUUCUUCCACUCUCUUCUUACCUACCACUCUCACUUCCUAAUUUCCCCUCUCGUUUCCGUCUUAUCCAACUUCGACGAUGAGCCCAUUGCCAAACAAACCAUCCAUUUGAUCCAGAGAUUGUGUGAUGGUUCCAGUAGCAGCGGAAAUGGCAAUGAGGAGGUGCGCGGGGAAUUCGUCGCUAGGGUGUCGGAUUGGCUAUCAAGUGGAUCGUUGGCAUGGAGCCGUCGCCAAUUGUAUAUGCUUCACUGCUUUGGUGUUCUCCUGGAUAAUCAGGAUUGUAAUUUGUAUGGCUGCAUUAGAAACAAAGAUACCCUCAUUUUCAACCUUGUCUCAGGUCUUCAGUUGUCUAAUGAUGAAAUCCAAGGGGAGAUUAUGUUUGUUCUAUAUAAAUCAUCCAUCCUGCAUUACACAUAUAUGGGUGAUGAUGGAGCUGAUAUUUUACUGGCCUACUGCCCCAAGAUUUUGCACAUAUCACUUGACAUCCUCAUGAAAAGUCAAAGUGAUGAUGUUCGACUAAACUGUGUAGCCUUUUUGACAGUGUUAGCUCAGAGGGGUUUUUUUCAGAGUGCAUGCUUAGAUCAUGUUUGGAGCAUGGAUACCUUCGUUGCUGAUAACUUCAUGCAAAAAACUGAGCAUGUCAUAGAUGGGCCACCUCUGGAAGUCUUGUUUUCUGAGGCAGUAAAAGGCCCCCUGCUUUCUUCAGAUAGCCAAGUUCAGAUUGCCACAUUGGAUUUGAUCUUUAGGUAUCUUUCAUCUGCAGAUGUCUCCGGGAAAGAAUGCCAAGUAUUUGUAGAACAGAAUAUAGCAGAUUAUAUAUUUGAAAUACUGAGAUUAUCAGGAAGCAAAGAUCCAAUUGUCAACUCUUCAAUUCAGGUUCUUGAUCUUUUGUCAAAUGCUGAUGUAGCCUUCAGACAAAGGCUCGCGAUUGGGUUCUCAACAUUGGUUCCCAUUCUGCGAUAUGUAGCAGAAAUUCCUUUUCAACCUGUACAAUACCGAUUGCUGAAGCUUAUGUUAGACUGUAUUUUAAACUGUCCUGGAAUAGUAUCAGCGUGCAGUGCUGAAGAAAUAGCUAGUAUCUUGGUAGCAAUGUUGAUUAAACAUAUUGACAUGCUUCCAGAGACAUUCAGUUUGUCAUGCUCAAUACUUGUUGCCAUCAUGAAAUGCUCAUCUUCUCGCGGAAAUGAAAGCUUGGCAGCAUCAGUAAAAAAUGCAUCACAAUCUGCUGUUUCAAUUUGUCUGGACAAUGUUCAAACAGACACUGAUCAAAUUUUGCACUUACUUUACCUACUGAAGGAAGCAUACGCAUUUGCUCAGGAAGAUAGUUUCCCUAUCUCAUCUAAUGUGGGACUAAGGGUUUGUAUUAUAGACAUUCUUAAAUUGCAAAUGUUACCUUGGUUCAUGACGGCGAUCAAUGACAUGGAAGAAGCUAUUAUCUUGGGAGUGAUUGAAACUCUUCAUUCCAUACUGCUUCAGGAUCCUAAUGAUGACACCAAGAAUUUUGCAGAGUGUCUAGUUUCAUCUUCAUGGUUCAGUGCAUUAUUUGGAUGCUUGGGCCUGUUUCCCUCAGAAAAGAUGAAAUGGAGGGUUUAUCUGAUCUUCAGUUCAAUUGUUGAUGUACUUCUAGGAGUUGAUUUUGGGCAACCUAUCAGAGAUGCUGCUCUCCAUUUGCCAUCCGACCCUACAGAUUUGUUAUUCCUUCUUGGUCAGAAGAGUAUCCAUAAUCCUGAGUUGCUUUCUUGUCAAUCUGCAGUUCUACUGGUAUUGUAUGUUAGCUCUCUUUAUAAUGACAGGAUUGCAGAUGACAAGCUGGUACUAGCUUCUCUGGAGCAAUUUAUUUUACUCAACAGCAGUGAUUUCCUCUGUGGAGCUUCUGAGUCAGUGACCAUAGAAUUACUAGUAAAUCUUUAUGGGCUUUACAGGGGAUAUGCAAAGCUGAGCUACCAAAUACCUUACAGCCCAGAAGCUGAAAGAAUCCUAUUUCAGCUAUUGGCUGACAAGGAUUGGGAUUCUCUUUCUACCAAGAUCCACUUGACAUCACUGAGAUGGCUGUUCCAACAAGAGAAACUCUGCAAGCCAUUGUCUGAUCAGAUACUAAAAUUCUGCAGAUGCAACGGCUCAAUUGGUAACAAUUAUCAUGAAACUAGCCAAGAAGUCAAUUUACAUGCAUUUGCUGAGUUGAUAACAUCUGGGGACAACUUUGGAGCAAUGGUUUUCGUAUGCUUAUUGGGAGAGCUUGUGGAAAAUUCCUGCCAAGAGUGUGACAUCAUUUCAGUAUUAAAAACAUGUAAAGAAAUGAUUGAAAUUGCUCCAGUUGCUUCAGAUCAUUUCUGCAUGCAUGGGAUGGAUGGUGUGCUACAAAGUAUUUAUAAUUAUCCAAUAUAUGAUUUCCCAGAAUUAUUCAUGGCCACAUCUCAACUUGUUUUUAGUACUUUACAAUCAGUACAGUCUGAAUCGAUCUCUGAUGGUGAAGCUUGGGUAGGGAUUACAGUUAAGUUGAUGGACUACAUGUUCUUGGCUGUGGCUUCAGACGGAUGGACUGAAGAAGUUCUCACAAUAGUUGGCAUUCUUUCUCUGAUUUUGCACCACUCAACAAAGGAGGCACUUAUGGAAGCUUCUAAACUCAUAAUUUUGAAUGUUUCUUUGGUCUCAUCAAUUAAUAACAUAAUCUCUGAAGCUUGUUCGAAGGGACCUGCUCUUUCUGACCAUGACGAAGGAACCAGAAUAGGGGAUGUUCUCAUAUUUGUGCUUUUGCUACUCUUCUUCUCCCUGAGAAGCAUACGAGCUAUCCUACCAGGUAUUAUUGACUUCCAAAUUUUGCUUGAUGAGGGACGCAAUAUGCAGCCAUUAUCCUAUGUCAGCAUCCGAUGCCAUGACUUGUGCAAGUUGAUGCACUUUGGAUCUGCUCCAGUAAAACUAAUUGCUUCAUUUUGUCUUGUGGAGCUAUUUAGUGGAAUAUCAGAUUAUACAAGUAGAACUCUUGUUGAUCUGAAAUUAAGAGAAGGCUACCUGUCGUCAUUAGCAGCUGUACUAGAAGGCCUGAUAUUUUUUAAUGACGUCAGAGUCGCACUGAAUUGUUCCCUAUGUUUCUCGUCUCUCACAACAUGGAGAGAGCUUCAAGUUGAACCUAUGAUUUCGGAAAAGGACCACUGGUGUAGAUUGAUAGUAGAGGAGCUGGUCAUGUCUUUGUCUGCUCCAAGUCUCACGACAAAAUCCCUUAUGAUUCAUCACAAGCCCGCUGCUAAUGUCGCAGUUUCAUUGCUAAAACUGAGCAAAAUACCUUCCUGGAUGACUAAAGUGUUUGAUGAUUCUUCUAUACGAGGUAUUAUUCAGAACAUAUCCCCGAGUGAUGUGAACAUUGAAUUAGUGAUUUUGUUUCGACAACUUCUGGUUUCUGGGCGUCUGAAUCCUUCACAUAUUGCUGACCUCAAUAGAGUGUUCCAGGCAUGUAGACGACAAGUGUACACCAAUGACAUUCAGGAUAGCAGCAUAGAGGAUCACAUGCAGCAUGUAGCUGUU